UUUCUCCAAAAGAUGGCUUCAAUUACACCCCGAAUCUUCGCGCGCAGUGCCAGACAAGUGUGUAGGAGCGGCGGCAUUCCUCGCGCGGCGUUUGUGCAGGGCAGACGGUAUGCGUCGACGAAACAUCCAAAGGAUUUCGAGCCACCGACACAGAGUGAUCUUGAUGAGCUGAGAGAGCGUGUACAGGAGUUCACGAGAAGAGAGAUACCGCAGGAGCUCGCUCAAAAGACGGAUCAGAUCAACGAGUUCCCCAAUGACAUUUGGCCGAAACUUGGAGAAGCAGGUUUCCUGGGAAUUACUGCAGAUGAGGAAUACGGUGGUCUGGCCAUGGGAUACCAGGCGCAUUGUGUAGUCAUGGAGGAAAUGAGUAGGGCGAGCGGUAGCAUAGCACUUUCAUAUGCCGCCCACUCGCAACUAUGCGUCAAUCAACUCAUGCUCAACGGAUCGCCUGAACAAAAAGCAAAAUUCCUCCCUGGUCUGAUCUCUGGCCAGCAAAUAGGCGCGCUGGCCAUGUCGGAGCACUCUGCUGGAAGUGACGUCGUGAGCAUGAAGACAACUGCGAAAGAAGUAGAUGGUGGCUACCUCCUCAAUGGCUCGAAGAUGUGGAUCACAAACGGCCCAGACGCACACACCAUAAUCGUCUACGCGAAAACAAUCCCCGACGGCGCCUCCAAAGGCAUCACAGCCUUCAUCCUCGAAACCGCCGACGCAAAAGGCUUCUCCAUCGUCUCGAAACUCGACAAACUCGGCAUGCGCGGCUCCAACACAGGCGAACUCGCCUUCGACAACGUCUUCGUCCCCUCCUCCAACGUCCUCGGCCCGCUGAACAAAGGCGUCCGCGUGCUCAUGGAAGGUCUCGACCUCGAGCGCCUCGUCCUCUCCGCAGGUCCUCUAGGCCUCAUGCAAGCCUCCCUCGACGCUGCUCUCCCUUACACCCACCAGCGCCGCCAAUUCGGCGCUCCCAUCGCUACAAACCAGCUCGUCCAGGGGAAACUCGCGGACAUGUAUACCAAGUAUAGAGCGAGUGCUGCGUUUACGUACGCAGUGGCUCGUGCGGUGGAUGAGAGUCACGAGAACCCUGAAAUCCGCACACAGGAUUGCGCUGGCGCGAUUCUGUAUGCCGCCGAGAGGGCGAGUGAAGUCGCGGCUGAUGCGGUGCAGUUGAUGGGUGGUAUGGGGUAUAUGAAUGAGGUUCCCGUGGGGAGGAUCUUGCGGGACGCCAAGUUGUAUGAGAUUGGGGCGGGGACGAGUGAGGUUAGGAGGAUGGUGAUUGGACGUGCUUUUAACAAGGAGUUUGCGGAGCGGUAG